CCGUACGGCAGACAGUCCAAUCCAUUUCCACCGUGUCAGUGUUACAAGCAGCGUCCUUCCCCAGGAUUCCUGCAGGAAGUAUCUGACACAAACGUUGCAAGAACAGAAUAUUUUUGUUACAACUUCGCUGGCUACCAAAGCUGCCCCUUAUUUGCAAGAAAGAGAGAUAGAGAGAGAGAGAGAGAGAGCGCCCAGGAACAAACAGACAUCUUCCGGACCAUGUGAAUAGUGAACACCGAGUGAAGUCACCUUCUGCCCAGGGACGGGCAAUUAUUCAGAGAUUCCACAUUGUAAAGAACCCACCAUAUAGAGUGAAGAAUGGGUUUUGCUGAGGAUAAGUUCUUGGAGUACCUGAGACAUAACAUGAUACUUCUGGAGGCUAUAAAUAUCAAUGAGAUGUUAUUCCACCUGUCUGGAUGCCUAACCAAACCUACUGAGGAGAAACUAAAGAGGAUUGUGAAUAACGAAGGUAAUAGCAACACAUUGCUUGAGUUUGUCAAUGACCUGAGGAAGAGAGAUGACUGGGUAAAUCACUUAAUACGCGCUCUGCGAAGAUGCGAGCUCUAUGACCUAGCCCAUCGCUUUCAGGAGAUAUAUAACUCAUAUCGACCCCUUCCUUCUCCUUCCUCUCUUCCAUCCCGUUCCCAUCAACAGCCACCACCCUAUCAACCAGAAGCUUCGCAGCGUAACCUCAGUCUCCCACCUCAGUUACAGCCGAUACCCCCGGUCCCACAACCUGGGCCUUCUCGGAGUCUCAAUCCGAUCCAGACUAGGCAAGAGACAGCACGGAGCCGCCCAUCACCAGACCAGCCACAGGAGUCACCAGUCAUACCUGGGGCAUCUCAUGAGUCCUUUCCACCAUCACAGAGCAGGAUUCCCCUCAGUGACUCCCCAUCCACUCCACUCAGCAGGAAGAUGACAGAAGAUAAUACAGCUAGAGUGCCAGUUCCUGAGACGGAACCUUUUCAGGCUGCACCCCCGGAGGACAGUGAUGAGCCUUUAAGUGGGAUGGCGACUCGGGAAGUGCCGGCUUCCAGAAAUCCUCCUCAGGGUAAUCAUAGUUUGUCACCGAACUUGGCAGACAUUAUUCCGCAACAGACAUCUAGACAAGAGACCUCUGAGGAUUCAUCUGCGGCGCAGGUGACUCCGGCUCAGCAAUCACCUAGUCUUCAUGCAAGUAAUGAGGAAGGGGCUGCGGACUUCGGGGGGCAACCUGCGUAUCACAAGGUGGAUGAUCUCCACAUGCGCAGUCUGCCCCGUCCUUCCACAGACCAUCGCUCGGGAGUGAAUGAACCUAUCACAAGCCCACCGAACAGAGAGCAUUCCGUACAUCAGCCGGUGGCUGGAUCUUCUGGUUUGUCGAGUCCUUCUGGAGAUCAUCGCGUUCAAGCAAAUGAAGCUGGCGCAGCCUCCCAGCACAGGGAACCGUCUCAUCAUCAGCAGGAGACGACAAGCAAUGUGGAUGAUCUCCGCGUGAGCAGUCUGCCCCGUCCUCCCACAGACCAUCGCUCGGGAGUUAAUGAACCUAUCACAAGUCCACCGAGCAGAGAGCAUUCCGUACAUCAGCCGGUGGCUGGAUCUUCUGGUUUGUCGAGACCUUCUGGAGAUCAUCGCGUUCAAGCAAAUGAAGCUGGCGCAGCCUCCCAGCACAGGGAACGGUCUCUUCAUCAGCGGGAGACGACAAGCAAUGUUGUCCCUUUUUCGUCCCAGGACAAUGAUGAGGAUGGUGAGGAAAUGUCUUUAAGCAAACCGGGCGUGCUGCUGUCCACCUGCAGAAUGCGAGAGGUCACUGAAGACGAAAGGCAGGUGUCUGAUUUGCUUUGGUCACCGGAUUUACAGAUUAGUGAUAGUGAUGGUGAAGAGGGAAGCGUUUCAAGAGGUGUCAGCGAUCGGGCCGGGUCUUCGCCUACAUCUAACGCGGAUACAAACACUACAGUAACCACACAGACCGUAACGCUGCAAACCAGCACUCCAAACCACCACAGCACGUGGAGAAAUGCUAGGAAAAGCCCAGAAGAAAACGACUUCACAUACGCUCCACCAGAUGAUAACCUAACACAGCAGCCUGAAGAAAACAGCUUUGAAUUGUCCCAGGACAACAGAAGUCAUAGGAUUCAGUUCAAUGAAGAGCCACCAGUGGACCUUAAUGAAGGAAACAUCUCAAUCCUACGGCACAGACAACCGACUACACCGGAUAACCGCGAGCUGAAUGAACGGAACCAGUAUCAAAAAAUGCCAGACACACCGAUGGGAAAUAAACUUGAAGGCCCAGUUACAAUCACACUAGUUGUUGCUGCUGUUGGUCUUUCGUUUUUCCUAUUGUGGAAGAAGCUUAGAACUUAAAUACAUCAGGGACUGAGGCAAAUACAGUAGGGAGAAAAAGACUGACGCGUUUCUGCUCUUUUCUCUUAUGUCCUAAAGGAUGCUGGGGACUCUGUAAGGACCAUGGGGUAUAGACGGGCUCCGCAGGAGA